GACAUAAAUAAUGAUAAAACAACGAUCUUUAAUAUGGCAACCAAAGAUAAUGACGAAGGUUCGUCAAGUGGUAUGAUCGAAAAAAAAUUAAAAAGGACCCUCACUACGGUAGAGUUAGACAAAAUUAAUCCACCAACUCUUAAAAGAAUAAAGGUUAAUAAAAAAACGCAGUCAGAACUAUCUUUUAGCAUUUACCCUGUUGACAACAUUAUUAAAAAAACAAAAAAUGAUAAUGAUGAACUUAAGAAGCUUCUUAUUAGCAAGGAACUUAUUGACAUUAAAGAAGAAGAACUUACUGUUAAUUAUAAAAAUUCAGAGAUUAUUAAUCUACCACAAUUAAGCGAAAAUAAGGUACAAAAUCGCAUCCAUAUUAGAGAAGGAAAACUACCUUUUAUUUGUAGAAGAAAUUGCGUUGAAAUAUUUCGUAAAGUUGUAGAUUCAAUCGAAGAACAGAAUGUAUCUAGAGGUUUAUAUAUAUUCGGACCUUCCGGUUUAGGAAAGUCAUAUAGUAUAUAUUAUCUUGUCGCUCAACUCCGUCUACAUAACAACCUUAGAGUAACGUAUAUUAAUAGCUGUGAGGAAUGGUGGAAAAGCCAUGACCACGUACCAUACGAGUUCUUGCUCAAUGAGUUGAUAUGUACAUUCAGCAAUGAUGAAUUAUCCCCGCUUACUGUAGCUGAUUGGAUUGAAUUUGUGAUUAGAGGUCUUACAAAACGUUUGAGCGAUAAACUUGACAAGUUAACAGAACAUUCUAAGUGGGUCGAAGCAUUCAUGAUGAGCAGUAGCAAUUCUAUUGAAGAACGUUUUAAGACGUUUAUUAAAGAGUUGCGGACAUAUGCUCGUGAAAAUGAGUACCUCUGGAUUUGGGUUUUUGAUCAAUAUAAUGCUUUGCAUAAAUAUGAUGUCCAUGUAAAGUUCCCAUUUUCGUUGGUAAAAACCCUUCCUACCUUUUUGGAUGAAAUUGGUCUCAUUAUUGUUUCGGCAUCUGCAAACAAUGAAGUAUUUCCUAAAGAAUUCAAAUUGUGGGAAAAGUUCUUUAUGUAUAGUGGUUAUACCGACGAUGAAUUCUUGGAGUGGUGUAAAAUGCGCAACUAUAAAAUUGACCGGAAUCCACAACUUAAGUCACAGCUGGAUUCUAUUAGGUUUUGGACAAAUUCAUAUCCUUUAGAGUUGGACUUAUGGCAUAUGACAAAUGGAUCUAGUUUAGUUGAGAAGACCUCAAAUUAUUUGGAUAUGCGAGGGACUGAAAUACUAUCGAAUCAUCAUAUAUUUCGAAAAAACUUAGAUCAUAAUGAAUUAAUAAGUCUAAAUAGUUGUGUUGUCUCCAUGAUCUUAGGAAGUACUAAGCCUGAUGUGAUUUAUGGUAUGAAUCGUCAAUUUAUGUAUGAAAAAUCUGUUAGUGAAACUGAUGAAGAAGGAGAUACAAAUGCAACAAUUGUUGCUAUUCAUCCCCUCGCACAACAAGCAAUUAUUGAUUCUCAUCCCGAACAUCCUUUGAAUGAACUGAGAGAUAUGGUAUCAGAUGUUUUUAAUAAAGGUGAAUAUUCUAAUGAUACUAAAGGAAGAUUUGCGGAAUUAUAUAUUAAGACACUCUUGGAAUAUACAAAAACAUUGGAAUUCAAGAUUACAGAACCCGGAAGAAAACGAACUGUUGCAUACGAUUUAAAUUUUAAAUUAAGCCAAAUUAUAAAGUUUAUAGGAAAUGACAUACCUACUGAAGGUUUUAAUAUGGAGAAAAAUGCUCUAUUUCUUCCACAGUCUGAUAAUUAUCCCGGUGUAGAUUUUCUUGUUUGGGAUCAUUGUAGUAAAAUAUUAUUUUCAUUUCAAGUUACUAUUGAUUCUCUUGCAAAUCAUAGAAAGAGCAAGGAUAAUUUUAUGACAGGAGAAGGUUCAUUAAAAAACAAAUGGGCAACCCUAUGUAAUACAGAAGGAAAUAAGGUUAAGUUUAUUUGGCUUGCUCCUGACGAUAUUCUCAAAAAUGAUAAAAGUAAAGACUCUUUACAUUUAUCAUUUUCAAACAUUAAAAAUCAAUUUCCAGUUUUAGGUGAUUUAUAA